UAGUCACAUGUCAGAAUGUCAGUUGAUUAACCGGAAGUAGUAAAAAAUAAUAAACAACGUCGUCUGCAUAUUCGCCUCUUUUCAGUUCAUUUAACAGCAUUUUAGACAAUAAUAUGGAAGGGGCACUGGAGCAACAUCUUGACGAUACGAUGAAAAAUCCUGCCAUCGUUGGAGUUUUGUGCACAGACGCCCAAGGCCAUAAUCUAGGAUGUCGUGGCUCACUUUCAGAUGAGCAUGGAGGAGUCGUGUCAGUACUGGCCAGACAAGCUGCUUCCCUAACCAAGGACCCAACCGACUCCCCUACUGUGUGCCUGGAGUCUGACUGUGGGAACAUUAUGGUGAGAACACAUGGGACAAUUACAGUAGCCGUGCAUAAGAUGGCAUCAUAGGUUAAACUACUUGCUGUUUCAGAGUGACUUCUUAUGUCAGACAUUGUGAGAUAUUGAAUGUGUGCAGUGUUUUUAAAUAGCUUUAAUGGUUUAUUGUCAUCACCAUCACGUUAGAUUAUUGAUUGGCUGAGAUUAAAUGUCUUCCAUGAUACCAGAUCAUAUCAGAUGUGUUGUAUGUCCAUGGUUAAUACCAAUACUUGUAUCUGCUCUUAAACCACAGCUCAAAUGUGUGUUAAAUAUUGUUGAUUAAUAAAAUUGUGUUAUUUAAGGUGAAA